UUAAAUAGGCUAAUUUGAUGAAUGUGUGUUGUUCAACACCCCCAUCUUUUUAGCGUGGACGGUAGAGUCCAAUGUCCUCUGUGUGCUGAGUGUGUUGCAGAAGGCCACAGCUUGUUGCAAACGUAAGCAUCAUGGUGAACUUAGCAGCGUUUGCCCGGGACCACUGGAUGCAGUUAAUCGUGCCCAUGAGCUUUGUGGUCGGUUGGUACUGUGACAAACUACAGGACCAGAAGCUGACCGCUUUCAGGAACAAAAGUGCUUUGUACAGCAGAGAGCUGAAGCCUGGCGAAGAGGUGACCUGGAAGUAGACCCACCAACCCCACGUGCAUUUUACGUCUGGAGUGCGAAUGUCCCUCUCAAAUUAGAACGUUUAACAAUUCUCACAUCUUUCUUUUGAGUUGUAUCAACUAAAUGCAGUUCACCAUCAAA